AUGUCUGAAGAAGUUAUGGUUUUGGGUGAAGUAAACAAAGGAAUCAACAAGACUUCAUCAGUGCAAGAUUAUGAGUCUUCUUGGUUAGGUCGUUGGACUCAGUUAAGUAACGAAGUGAAGUUUCAUGAUCAGAGCAAUGGUGGUGACUCCAAGAACUUGAUUAGCUCUGAAGAUUAUGUAAAACAGAGAAACAAAUCUGGCGAAGAAGGCGUCGAGGUCACGCCAUUUCCUAUGUUCAAGGUCUCUCAGAAGAGAGACAGUGCCACAAAGCUUCAAGCUUACCCUGUUAUGGAGACUAAAGACGACGUGGGUUCGAGCUCGAAAGCUAUAGCUAAUCGAAUGCCGUGGAUGUAUGCGCAAGGAGAGAAAGAGAAACAUUUCCCAGCUCAAGAAAAGACUACACAGAACCUGCUUGAGUUGAUAAGACCGGUGAGGAUUUAUGCAACGGUUGAUUCGGUUAGAGAGAUCAACUUGCCGGAAGAAGAUGGUCUGAAGGGCUCAACAGUUUCCAUGAAGCUGAAAGGGAAGAUCUUUGGUGGAUAUCUUGAUCUGUUUCCUAAUGUUGAUCACCAACGUAAAGGAGGAGUAAAGCUGCAAUCUCUAGACAGCUCAAAGAACGAAUCAUCUGCUGAGACUGAUAUCUUGGAAAUGGAUAGACUUCAGACUAUACAUCUUUCAGCAGCCACAGGCUCCAUUUCUUCAUCAUCAACUAAGGUAUUGCAGGGGAAAGGAAGAACAGGAGAUGCAUCUGUUCGCAGGGCUGAGAUACCGGACAUGAAUGAAGAGCCGCCUCUGGUUCUAGAUAGAGAGAAUUCAGUUGAUGUGCAUCAGGGAGAAACAAGCAACUCAGCUACUCAGAGUAUGAACGUGGACAACUUUCUCUCAAGAGACUGCAAACGUGUGCGGUUGGAACAAGAACCGGAGCCAAACAGUAGUAGGUGGGUCAAGCGUCUGAAGACAAACGCAUCGGACUGCAGUGGACACGAUGAAACCAAGAGCCUGAUGAAGACUGAAGAAGCAUCAUUGGGACAGAAGGGGAGCAACAACUUGUUCCUUGAGAUUUUGAAGUCCGGAAUCAACAAUCUCCAACCAAGAAACCAAGAGACCACAACGUCACAAAUCAAGAAUCUGAAACAGGGAGGAGGAGAAGACAUUACACUCCUGCAUCCAUGGAUCCAGAGAUGGUGCAAGAAGAAAGCAACAUCGACAGAUCAAGGAGAAGGGCAAGAAGUUAGGUUUGAGCCAGAGAACCAAAAGGAGACUGAGAGGAAGCAGUAUCCGAGUAUUGCAGCCAUGGCGCUGAUGGGGAAGGCUCUGAGCGGUUUAAACCCCUACGGUCUUAGAAAGACAGAGUCUCUCAUGGUCUGGAAUGCUCGUGAUCUAAGGUAG